GAUUCAAAAGUACGGCUGAUGAAUGUCAAUGGCGCUAGCUUUCAUGACGGAUGUGACGUCACAGUGUACUAAGGUCUGUUGGAAGUGAAUCGUUUGUCGUCCCGUUAUUGACCCUCACCAUUGAAUACAUAACCACAUACAUCAACAAUACUAGGUAAGAUGGAAUCAAAAGCGGUCGUUGCCGAGGCCCCCAACCAAAACCUCAUGGAUGAAGAUGAUUUUGAGUCCCAAUCAUCAGCUAAAGAAGAAGAUGAUGACGAACAGUCAAAGGAAGUGGUCAUUGUUGACCCAACAGCUUUGGAUGUUGACUUAAGUCAUUGCAAGAUUGGUAAGAUUGAACAGAUGGAGAAACUUACCAAUGUUACGAGUUUGUGUCUACGACAGAAUUUGAUCAAGUGUAUUGAAGGUUUAUCGACUUUGGUCCAUUUAAAUAUGUUGGAUCUGUAUGACAACCAAAUAACAAAAAUAGAAAAUUUAACAGAGCUGACUAAUUUAACUCAACUAGAUUUCUCUUUUAACCGGAUCAAGAAAAUAGAAAAUAUUUCUCAUUUGACUAACUUGGUCAAGUUAUAUUUAGUGAAUAACAAAAUAACCGUCAUCGAGAACCUUGAAACACUCGUUAACCUGGAUAUGCUGGAAUUGGGUUCCAAUAAGAUUCGGGUCAUCGAGAAUUUAAACACCCAUACCAAUAUAACUGGCUUAUACCUGGGCAAGAAUAAAAUUACUCAGAUUUCUGGUUUAGAUAACCUUGUCAACUUGACAUGUCUCAGUCUGCAGGACAACCGCUUGACUAAAAUUGAAGGUCUGGAUGCCUUGGUGAACUUAGAUGAACUCUACCUGAGUGACAACGGCAUUGAAAAGAUUGAAGGGUUGUCAAAUAAUACCCAGUUAACAGUCCUUGAUCUUGCCUGUAACAAAAUACAGAGAAUAGAAAAUGUCUGCCAUUUAGUCAAUCUUGGUGAUUUUUGGUUUAACAACAACCAGCUUUCUAACUGGGAUGACCUGAAGGAGUUGGCCUGCUUAGCAGAACUACGGACCGUCUACCUCGAGCACAACACAAUUUGGUACGAACCUAGUGAGAAGAACUGCCAAGAUCCAGCCUAUCGACGGAAAGUCAAAUUAAUGUUGCCACAGGUAACACAAAUUGAUGCCACAUAUUGUCGUUAGAGGGAGCCACUUAUUUCCCUCCCUUGAUUUAAACUUCCUGUUACUAGUUUUUUUUUUUGUUCCUUUGUUUGGGUAUUUUUCUUCUUGUCUUCAUUUUUAAUCUUUACAUAUGUACAAAGUUCCAACAUGUUUUUCUUUUUAUUGUGUAUGUGUCUGUGUCAGUUUAGUAGUAACUGUUAUUACCUCUUCUGUGACCAUGGUUUCAUGCUGGUAAUGAGAUUUUUCGACACAGCAGCAAUCUUCAGUGGACUUGGCUGAAAAAGCUUUAGAUAAGCUGCUAGUUUGUAGCUUCCUGAACCAAAUCUGUAUUGCUGAAGGCCACGGCAUCCCAGAUACAUGGAUUCCAAUGUAAAACCAUGCCACUGUAGCAACAGACGCACAUGUCGACAUUCUCUACCAGACUCCGUGUGUGUGUGUAUGUGUGUGCAUUUAUAUGAAAAAUAGGCAUAUUUAAUGAAGCUAUUCUAUGUUUGGGUGUCUAUUUAUCUGUGUGUGUGUGUGUGUAUGUGUGUGUGCAUAUAUAUAUAUAUAAAUCUAUAUAUAGAGAGAGAGUCAGAGCAUAUAUAUAUAUGAGUGUGUAUGCAUAUGUGUGUGUAUACACAAACACACAUAGACAUAUUUAUAUAAAUAAACUUCAUUUUAUUUCAUUAAUUUGCAACAAUUAUAACUCAAUGAAAUGAGACUUGCUCACUCCAUAUUCCUUGGUUGUUGUUAUUAUUAUUAUUAUUAUUAUUAUAUUUCCAGUGGGUAACAAGUUCAAAAGGAUCUGUGUUCAACUGCUUAGAGUUGAGCAUUUAAUGAUAAAUCUGAGAGUAAUUAAAAUAUUUACUCCAUAAUCAUUAGCCUGACGAAUGCUGGUGCUUUACAUGUCCAUUGGUAUUCACAGCUCUCCAUUCUUUACCUUCAAUCAGGUGGAAUUCUUUUGUGUAAGUACCAGUUACCGGUACCAGCUGCUUAUAAAUGAUAAUACUAUAUAAUAUUUCUUUAAGACUUUGCAAAACACAAAUGCGUGUACAUAGAUAUGUACGUUUGUGUA